CGAAUGAAGAUGUGGCUGCAAAUGUAUCAGCAGCAGCAAAGUUAUUGGCAGAGGAGCCUGUCACUGACCAGACUUCGUUCUCAGUAACUUUCUUCUUUUGUGGAGUUAGGAUGAAUCAAGGCAGAUUUGCUUUCGCUCGCCCCGGAACUAGAACUGUGAGACUUCCGGGAUGGGCAAGAUGGCGGCGCCCAUAGAGUAACGUGUUACAGCUAGCAGUGUUGGUCGUUUUCUCCGGUGCAGCAGGGCGUUAUGUCGGGGUUGACAUUAUUUAUCCGGGGCCUCCCGGAGAACGCCAACAAUGAUCGGCUGGAGCAGAUCUUCAGUGAUAGCGGCCCCCUCAGACAGAGCUUCGUGGUCCGUGAAAGAGGCACAGAAAAGUGUCGUGGUUUCGGCUAUGUCACUUUCUCCAUGCUGGAAGAUGCACAGAGAGCAAUAAAGGAAAUUAAGGAGUAUGAUGGAAAGAAAAUUGAGGUUUUGGUGGCCAAGAAGAAGCAGCGUGAAAAGGAUAAAAAAAACCAAAAUAAAGAAACUACAAAGGAAAAGAAACCUAAAGAUGUCAAAGGCCAACAAAGAAAAGCCAGGCUGAUCAUCCGAAACUUGAGUUUUAAGUGUUCUGAUGAAGAUCUCAAGAAACAUUUUUCUACUUUUGGAACUGUACUGGAGGUUAACAUUCCCAAAAAGCCAGAUGGAAAGAUGCGAGGGUUUGCAUUUGUGCAGUUUUCAAAAAUGCUAGAAGCCAGCAUGGCUCUUAAGGGCACAAACAUGAAGAGCAUAAAAGGUCGGACUGUUGCAGUUGACUGGGCUGUUGCAAAGGAUAAAUACACUGCUACUCAGGGAGCGAGUACCACUGAAUCCAUAAAAAAUACCGAAAAGUCACAUCAGGGAGAAAGCGAAGCAGAAGAGAAAACGUCUACAGAUGAGGAAGACAAUUCUUCAGAUGACCAAGAAAAAACUUCAUCUAAAGAAGAAGAAAGCUCUGAGGAGGAAGAAGAGACAUCAGAUGGAGAAGAAGACACUGACCAGGGAGAAGAGUCCGAAGAUGAGAGGAAGCCUAUAAAAAAGACUGCUAGCAGCCAGAAAACAAGCAAGAAUGAUGUUGAGGAAGAGGAGGAGAGUGAUGAUGAUGUAUCUGCAGACUCUGGGCAGGAGAGUGACAUGGAAGAUGAUGAGUCUGACUCUGAGAUCCAGAAGACAGGUAAAAAAACAGAACAGAAGAAGAAGAAACCAUUGCCAUCUGAUGUCAAUGAAGGAAAAACAUUGUUUAUUAGGAAUCUGUCUUUUAAUUCUGAAGAGGAAGAUCUUGAGGAAUUGCUGUUGAGAUUUGGAAACAUUAAAUAUGUCCGGAUAGUUCUGCACCCUGACACAGAGCAUUCCAAAGGAUGCGCAUUUGUGCAGUUUGUGGAUAAAGCAGCAGUAGAGAAGUGCCUAGCAGCUGCCAAGGAUGACUCUGCAGAGAAUGGAGGUCUGGUACUUGCUGGAAGGAAGCUAUUGGUGGAUCUGGCUGUAAGCCGAGAUGAAGCUGGGAAAUUACGACAAAAAAAGGUCACCAAACCCACGGGAACCAGAAACCUGCAUCUGGCAAGAGAAGGAUUGAUCCGAGAAGGGACAAAAGCUGCGGAAGGAGUGAGUUCAGAAGACUUGGCAAAGAGAGCUAGGUUUGAAGAAAUAAAACGCCAAAAGUUGAAGUUUCAGAGCAUUUUUGUCUCUAAGACCCGUCUGUGUGUUCAUAACAUUCCCAAGUCUGUGGAUGACAAAAAGUUACGUCAGCUGUUUUUAAAUGCUGCAGGUGGAGGGCGGUCAAUUAAAAUCAAAGAGUGCCGUGUGAUGAAAGAUCUGAAAGGUGUGGGUGGAAAUCGGAGGGGUCAGUCACUCGGUUAUGCCUUUGUGGAGUUUGUUGAGCACGAACAUGCGCUAGCAGCUCUGAGGCAGGUCAACAACAACCCAGAUAUGUUUGGGCCAAAAAAGAGGCCAAUUGUGGAGUUCUCUCUGGAGGAUAAGAAUAAACUAAAGAUAAAAGAGAAGAGAGCUCAGCGCAGUCUAGAGGUACUGCGGAAAAAACAGGCAAAAGAGCAAGCAACAGUAACCACUCAGGUGCAGCCUGCUCAGGCUACCUCCAAGAAGACACCGCAAAAAGCUGGUGUUACUUCAGCAGUAACGCAGCCUGCUGCAGGGAAAAAAAUGCAACAGACACCUCAGGCGGCCGGAUGUGCUGUAAAUGCCACACAGAAACCUAAAGAAGUUACACAUAUGAAGGCAAUGUCCAAUAAAACACAGCUAAAACGAUCACAUCCUGCAGAUGUUAGCAACAACUUGAAAGGAGAAAAGCAGGAAGGAAACAAGGUACCUUCUGGGUCUUCCACGUGGUCAGGUUUCCAAACUAAGGAGGAAAUAGAGCACGAGAAGCUUCCAGAUGGGAAGAAAAGGCGGAAAGUUAUACAUAUGCCAUCCCAUACAGGUCCCAAAAUCAGGGCGCGGGACAAGGGGAAGGCCCAACAGCUUCCGCAAAAGAAAUCUAAACCUCAGGGACCGAGCAGGAAGUAUCAAAGACAACAUACCAUAGUAAAAGAGGCACCCUCAAAAAAGAAGAAACCACACUGGAGCCAAGCAGAGGCUCGCUUCAAUCAGUUGGUAGAGCAGUACAAACGCAAGAUCCUAGGGAAGCCCAGUUCAUCUGCUCCUGCUAAAAGAAGCAAGUGGUUUGAGGAUUGAAACUGCUUUGUUAGAGAAAAGAGGCUUAAUGUGUGUUCACAGAUUUGGAUUUUAUCUGUCAGUGCUGUUGUCUACAAAAAGAGGAUUGUUCUUGUUUAUUUUUUUUCAAAGGGGCAUGUUCUCUAGAUAACAAAACCCAAAAAUAUCACUUCAGAAGAGACACAAGGAAAUGUAAGACCAAUAUGAUGGAAGUCCAACCUAGCAUUUACCUACUCAAAAGUUAUCUGGGGUAAUAGGUAACCAUUAUCAGCACUCUGCAUGGUUGCAGUAGAACAGUAGGCCACAGAUUUAUGAACAUGGGAGUUAAGUAGCAAUUUUUUACAUCAUAUUAUUUUAAAGGUUUUUUUUAAGGAAUAUUAUUUGAAAGAAAAAAAAAGUAAAUUAAGGCAUACUGUGUUCUGGAAAUCUUGAACCUUAAGACAUAACAAUCAAACAUUUGCCGCAGAGCUGAGCAGAUACAUUAAUAUUUCAGCACCUUUUGGAUUCUGCUGUGUGGAGGGAUAUUUUUUAGUUCUGUCACUGCUAAUGCAACUGUUAAAGAAAAAGAAAAAACACGAGUGAACCAAAAUGAAAACAAAUUUGAACAAGACCUUUAAAUGAUAGAAAUACUGUCUGUUAUCAGAGAAGGAUAUUGAGGCUGAUAGGUUCAUGUGAUGGUGGAAAGCUGAGAAAAUGGGAAAUUUUCCAAAUGCAAUAUAGAUAAUAUUUUAAAAGUCAAAAUCAUUCAUGUGUAGAAGGAAUCUGGAAUGAUGGAAACAACACGGAUGGAACAUUAUAACAGCUCAUGUGAAAGAGAGCAGACAUUAUAUAUCUCUAUUUUAAUAUGUUGUGUUCUUACUACAUCUGGAUACUUUUAUGAAUCAGAAUUUUCAGGCCAUCGUCACUAAGAGAAUUUUUCUUUUACUCUUCACUUUUAAUUUAUCAAAAUCUGAACUCAACACUGAAUUUACAGGUCUGUUCAAAUGCAAACUAGCAACAUCUUGAUCAGUGAGACUACCUUUAUGACAUCUUUAACGUAUACCACCUUUCUCUAUGUGAUGUUAUAGCUGUAAGUUUUUGUAUUAAAUAUUUAAAACAA